UUUGUUUUUUACACGACAAAAUCGAUUUCAAGCCCGUAAGCCUGUGCAGCUAAUAAUUUACAACCGAGAAUCUGAGAUUUUACUGUGUAAUCAUUUGGGAAUCACCAUAAGUUGAUUCAGUAUCUCUUCCACACCUCCCAGCUAAUCAUUACAGCCGCUAAACAAUCAUUACACGACUAACAUGACUUGCUUUCUCACCACUCAAUGUCUCUAAAGACAACGAGGUUUUUGGGAAAGCAUGGAUGAAAAGCAGGAACCGGACAGACCCACAUGGAGCCGACAGAUUGAGUUUACUUUGGCUGGGAUUGGAUGUGCUGUGGGAUUGGGGAAUGUCUGGAGAUUCCCGUACCUGUGCUACAGGAGUGGUGGAGGUGCGUUUCUUGUACCCUACCUGCUCAUGUUGGUGGUACUGGGUAUCCCACUGUUGCACAUGGAGCUGACGUUGGGUCAGUAUCUGAGGAGAGGUCCUGUCCAGGCCUUGGCCAAAGCCUGUCCCUUGUUCAAAGGUGUUGGCAUGGCAACGGUGGCCAUCUCUUUCAUCAUGUGCACAUAUUAUAAUAUCAUAAUCACAUGGGCGCUGUAUUACAUGUUCAGCUCUUUUCGGAGCGAGCUGCUGUGGGAAAACUGCAACAACACGUGGAACACGGUCAACUGUACAGAUCGCGUGACCAACAGCUCAUCUGCAUCCACUGCAAGUCAACAGUUCUUCAAUUUAAAGGUGUUGGAGAGAACUGGAGGUGUGGAGGAGACGGGAUAUUUAAGAUGGGAACUCUUUCUCCUGUUAAUGUUGUCCUGGAUCCUCGUCUACCUCUGCAUCUUCAGAGGAGUCAAAUCUACUGGGAAGGUUGUGUAUUUUACUGCCCUGUUCCCGUAUGUGAUUCUUCUGGCUCUGUUGAUCAAUAACGUUCAGCUGCCGGGAGCGAUAGAUGGCAUUCGUUUCUUCAUCAUACCCGAGUGGAACAAACUACUGGAUGUUCAGGUCUGGGUCAAUGCCGCUGCUCAGAUCUUUAACUCCAUUGGCAUCGGCUUUGGAUCUCUGAUGGCGAUGGCCAGUUACAACUCCUACAACAACAACAUUCUCAAAGACACUUUGGCUAUUGCCAUCACAAAUUCAGCAACGAGUAUUUUCGCAGGAUUUGUGAUUUUCUCUGCGUUUGGCUACAUGUCACAUCUUCAGAACGUGCCGGUCAGUGAAAUCGCUGUGGACGGUCCUGGUCUGGUGUUUGUAGUUUACCCACAAGCCUUUGUGACAAUGCCUGUCGCUCCUUUGUGGGCGGUGCUGUUUUUCUUCAUGCUCCUCUGCCUCGGAUUGGACAGUCAGUUUGCUAUGGUGGAGGUGAUGGUGACCAGCGUGUUAGACGGUUACAGUAAACCAGUACUGAAGUAUCUCAGACGGAAGGAGUUUCUUGUUCUUGUGGUUUGCUCUGGAGCUUUUCUGCUGGGUAUCCCUCAUGUCAUGCAGGUCGGCAUCUAUGUGUUUCAGCUGAUGGAUCACUACACAGCUAUCGUGUCCAUCAUGUUCCUGGCAUUUUUUGAGGUGAUUGGUGUCUGCUGGCUCUACGGUGUGAAGCGUCUGUCCAGUAAUUUAACAGAGAUGACGGGGAAAGCUCCCAAUAUUUUCUUCCGUGUAUGCUGGUGGAUUAUUUGUCCUGUUUUGAUCACUGUUAUCCUGGUGUUCUCAGUGAUUCAGUUUAAACCGGCACGUUAUGAGAAUUAUGAAUACCCGGCGUGGGCUCAAGGGGUCGGCUGGCUCAUCGCUUUGGCCUCCAUCAUUUGGAUCCCGAUUGCAGCCCUGCACACACUUUGGGUUCUGCCCGGCUCUUUAACUGAGAAAUUAAAGAAGUCCAUCACACCGUUUUCUCUGGAUGAAAUAUCUGAGAGCUCCGAUUACCAGCAGAAGGUUGAAGUUUUGGAGGUCAUUGGUUCAUCUGUUCCUCCUCCUGAAAAAGACUCGGUCCAGACUAACUUAUGAACUUUUAUCUGCCAUUAAAGCUCGGACUAAAUCUAACUAAUCCUCCGGUGGACAUAAGCCAAAGAUUAUUUACUGCAUCUAAUAUCAGCAACCAGAACUGGAUUUCUGUAUUUUAUUGUACAGAAUUUUUAUGU